AUGCAGUCUUGUGGUCUCCAGAUAGUUCUGAAGUUCCGUUUAGCGCUGAUUUAACAAAGGAGCAUGGUUUACACCCAUGACAUAUGGAUGAUGGUCAUCGGGCACCGAUGAGGUUCCCCAUUUUGGUAAAACAAAGUAGGCUAUUCUACUAAAUGCAGUAAUUGCCGAUUAUGAAAUUGACCUGGGCGGAUGAAGACGUAGAAAAGGGUCCGAGGGUAAGGCCGAAGUUGCGGACGGUACAACGAACAGUGAUAAUGGUCCAAGGUAGCGGAAAGAAGGGAGGGGUUAAGAAGGAGGAAAAUGGCGCCAAUAAAGGACAGAAACAAACGACGGCAAAUGAUAAAUCAGACACUAACGGAGUUACCGGAACUGAAACUUCCAAGAAGGAUUUAUCAGUGGGUGUUAAGGCAACCCAAAAUGGAGGUCCACCGUCACCUCGAACUGGUGAUAAAAACAAAGAGGAAAAAUCAAAAGAACUGCAAUCAAAAGACACCAACAUACAAAAUGGUACAUUAGGCCCUCCAAAAGACGCAGCAAAUGAAACUGUCAAAAAGGAGUCACCAACUGAAAGUGCACCUAAAUCUCCAUCAUCGAACGGCAAAGCUGGUGGUCUUGGAGUGAAAAGCAAAUGGGGGAAACUAGCAAAUGGAGGAAAAACUUCUCCACAAGUUCCAAAUGGUUCUCAAAAUGAUCUUAAGGGGAAACCUAGUUUGUUGUCCAGGAAAUCGUCAUUGAUGGUGCCUGAUGGGAACUUACCUCCCGCAAUAGCACGAUCUGCAAGUAGACUCAGUGUAUCGUCAAAAUUAUCUCUCGCUUCACGGACAUCUAUAGAUCUGAAUAAACUACAAAACGCUAAAGUCGUUCAUCCCGAUGACGUGGAGGAAAAUAAACGGAAACAAGUAGCGCAAACUAAUGACAGUUACAUACGGAACGCCAUUCCUUAUCUCCCACUAUGGUUUGCGAUUAUAUGUCUUGUUCUUAACAUACUCCUCCCAGGAACAGGUACUAUUCUAAGUGGAUUUGGUACAUUUUGCUGCGGACGUCAACGUCUUGUGGCAGCUGAUAAAACUGCUACGUCCACGGAAACUUUAUGCACGAACUUCUGGGUGGGGACUGCUCAGCUGUUCACUAUAUCGUUUAUGUUGGUUGGUUGGCUUUGGAGCAUCUCAUGGGGAGUCCUUAUGGUCAUACAUGCACUUGAAAAAAGGCGUCUGCUGAAACAAGAGGAAGAUGAAGCCAUACAGGCGACAGUUCUCAGAGCCAUGGGAGCCAGAAAUGUCCGUCCCUCCAUAUUUUUUACACCCUAGUGUAUGUUCUCAGGUCCUCACCAAAGCAUGAGGAGUACAAAUUGAUCAUGCGGGAAGAACAUGAUUUAGAACUGAAAAAUAAGACUUUGACCUUGCUGAAUAAAGCUUCCCCUGUGAAGGUAGCUAAACGUCAAUCAAGCAGGACACAUAUCAGCACUGGGUCAACCGAUCAACUCUUGCACAAUGAAAGCGAGGCUAUGAAGACUGCCGAUUCACAAGUCGCCGUUGAAACAUAGUUAAUCGAAUAUGAAUAUAUGGACA